AUGGUGGAGCUGGCCGUGGCAAUGGUGGUGGACGGUGGAACGGCGGUGGAGGUAACUUCGGUCCUGGCCAUGGAAAUAAUUUCUUUGAAGGAAGUUCUAGUGGUACUGCUGGUCAGGGUGAUGGGAAUAGGGACUCAGAGUAUCGUGACGGAGGUUUUGAUGGUGUCUUUCGUGCUGGUUAUGGGAAUUCAGAGGGAGAUAGAGGAAGAUCCAAUUAUGGGAAUUAUGGGCAGGGGUAUAAUCGUGCUGGAGAUCGUCGCCCGUAUACCGGCCAAGGGAACUUUGCAUAACGGCGGACCAACAAUGGAACUGGUGCCCGUGAUACUAGGCUUGAUAGCAAUGCCUGGCCAGCAAGCUUCGAGUCAGAUGUUCAAGGUUGAUGAUGCAGCCACGGACCAACAAUCAGCUGAGGUUCAGAUGGCGAAGAAGAAAAAAGGUUUUGGAUGCUUUAGAUGUGGGCAGGUCGGACAUUGUUUGAAUGAUUGCAAAGCAACAAUUUGUGAGUGCUGUCAAAGUACUGAACACAUAUCUAGGAACUGUCCUUUACUUAGCGCCCCUAAGCCCAAUAUGGUGAUGUAUGGUCUGGCUCAUGAAGAACUCAUGUUUUGGGAUAUUCAUAUGUCAACAAAUGUCAGACCAAGGCUAGAGAACACACGUAUGGAAAGAGUUACAAUUUCUGGUGGUGAACUUACUAUACCAGAAAUAAUUGUUCAGUUACAAUGGAUAGUACCAGAUGAAGCUUAUCAGUGGGAUGUAGUAAGGGUGGAGGAUAAUGUGUAUUGUGUCAACUUUCCUAGCAAGAUGGAUUUGGUGAGAGUGCAGCACUUUGGUCGUUUUAAUAUACCUAAUUCUGAAAUUUACAUGACUUUUGAUUUCUGGAAAAGAUCUGUUGAACCUAUAUGGAGGGCGCAUGAGGUUUGGGUAAGAGUGUAUGACUUACCCACUCUAGUUCUGGAUGAUUACUUAGCCAUGUGGGCUAUAGGCAAUUUGUUUGGCAAGACAACAGAUAUUGAUAUCACUUUUACAAGGGCUAAUGAUGUGCUGCGUAUGUAUAUUAUUUGUCUUGACCCUUCUCUCAUCCCUGCUCGGAUGGACAUAAGGGUGCUAGAUGAUUUUUACAGAAUGAGGUUUGAAGUAGAGGGUGCUCAACCUGUAAGAGCUGCCGAUGUGGUGAUGAAUGAAGCAAACAAUGGGGAAGGUGAUAUGGAGCAUGAUGGUCCAAAUGGCAAUAUUGAGCAGCCGGGUUCUGUUGAUGAGAACAAUUCUGUUGAUCAACAAGAUGGACAUAAUUGUACUACAAAUCUACCGACUGAUGCACAGGGACAGAGACUUGCUCUUUCCCCUUUCCAGUUUGGUGUGGCGGGUUCUGAAAUUGUUGUCAAUGGGGGGAUUUUUGUUGCUGUUCCGAAGUCUCCAACUGUAAUUUUCAGUGCUGAAAUUGAGAAACGGCUAAAAGGCUUUGAGUGUGUCAAGAGCUUGGCGUCCGAAUUUUCUGCUGAAGUGACCAACCGGGUGCAACUUCAGAACCUGUCAUCACAUGUGCCCGCUGAUUCUUUCUACGUUGCUGAUACCUCUAUCGGGCCGACUGAGCACAGCCCGGCCCAGUCAGAUACGCAGGAGAACCAGCCUGCGGUCCAGCCCAGCAUGCAUGUGGCCAUGCAGGGUUCGUCGAUCGGCGGCACAGACGCUGCGGCAAGCUACAUCGCACCUUGUAUUGUUCCGACUCCUGUAGGGGUCUCCGAGAUUGUUGCUGAGUCUCCAAGGAGACAACCUAGCCUGGAUGAGAUGGAGUCUCAAAGUGGCAAGGGAGAUCCCAGCAAGCCACCGGCGUCUGACGGUGGCAAGGGCGAUCCCAGCAAGUCACCAGUGUCUGACGGUGGCAAGGGUGGUUCCAGUAUGACGGCCAAGCCUCAGAGGCUUCCCAUCAAAAGGCCAACCCAGCAUGCAACAAAAGGGAGGCCCGUAAUGCUACUCACGAACCAUUUCAAAGUCUCUCUCACCAGAACAGAUCAGAUACUCUACCACUAUGAUGUGACUCUGAAGUACGAUGAUGGCGAACUCGGAGAAGGCGUGCGCAGAAAGGUGAUGAAGCAGCUGUACGAGACCUAUGCCUCACAUCUCGCGCACGAAGUAUUCGCCUAUGAUGGCGAGAAGGGUCUCUUUACCGUUGGGCCUCUCCCAUUUAAGAACAAUGUGUUUGACGUAGUUCUAUGCGACGACGCUUCAUCGGGAAAGACUGGAACGAGCCGUAGCCCCGGAGGAGAUGGCAGUCCAGGACCAAGUGACAAGAAGAGAAUGAAACGAGCAGUGUAUCCCAAAAGAUUCAAGGUGGAGAUAGCCUCCACCUCUGCGGCAAGGAUUCCGAUGAGUGCCAUUGCCCAGGUUCUGCGUGGUGGUCAGGAAUCUGAGAACUCGCAGGAAGCUAUACGGGUUCUUGACAUCAUACUGAGGCAGCAUUCUGCAAGACAGGGUUGUCUCUUAGUCCGAGAGUCUUUUUUCCAUAGCGAAUUUGGCUCCAUAGACGUGGGUAGUGGCGUGAUCGGUUGUCGGGGUUUCCAUUCUAGCUUUCGACCCACUCAAAAUGGGCUUUCGCUCAACUUUGAUUUAUCCACAACGAUAGUAGUGAGACAUGGUCCUGUGAUUGAUUUUCUGCUCUUCAACCAGAAUAUUAAGGACUGUAAAAGAAUUGAUUGGGGCAAAGCCAAGCGUGCACUGAACAAUCUAUGGAUCAAAACCACUCACAGGAAAGCGGAAUUUAAGAUUGUUGGAUUAUCUGAAAAAAGAUGCUAUGAACAGAAGUUCUCACGAAAGCAAGGAGAGGGCAACGGUACUGUGGAGGUAACUGUUUAUGAUUACUACAUGGACCGUUGGUCUAUCAAGCCGGAUAACUCUGCUGAUCUUCCAUGUCUUAUUGUGGGGGAGCCAGAUCGUCCAACAUACCUCCCGCUGGAGCUUUGCCAUCUGCUGCCACUACAAAGGUACAAAAAGUCUCUCUCCACGCUGCAAAGGUCAAAACUGGUUGAGGGAUCCAGGCAGAAGCCGCGUGACAGGAUGUCGACUUUGUCUCGUGCGUUGCGUGACAAUAAUUAUGAUACCGAGCCAAUGCUGAGGGAAUGCGGCAUUUCGAUAUCUCGAGAUCCUAUGAAGGUUGAGGGUAGAGUCCUUCAGGCACCACAGUUAAGCGUUGCACAUGGUAGAGAACUUUAUACACCGAAUGGGAGGUGGAAUUUCAAUAAUGACAGGUUCAUUCGGCCAAUUAAAGUGACGACCUGGGGAGUUGUUAAUUUUUCUGCACGGUGCAAUGUUAGUGAUCUAAUCAGGCGCCUUAUGGAAUCUGCUCACAAGAAGGGAAUUCAAAUAGACAAUUGUGGUGCUAUUAUUGAGGAGGGGGGUGAUAUGAGACGGGAGCGUCCAGCAAAAAGGGUUGAGGCUAUGUUUAAGCAGAUACAAGACAUAUCCAAUCAAAAACCAGCAUUUCUCCUGUGUCUUCUUCCUGAGAAGAACUGUGACAUCUAUGGACCAUGGAAGCGUGAAUGCCUUGCUGAACAUGGUAUCUUCACCCAAUGCUUGGUUCCUCCUGCUAAUAUCAAAGAUCAGUACCUCACAAAUGUACUGUUAAAGAUAAAUGCCAAGCUUGGCGGGUUGAAUUCACAGCUUAAAAGUGAAAUAAACAAAGGCAUUCCUCUGGUGUCAACGAUUUCAACCAUUAUCUUCGGUAUGGAUGUUUCUCAUGGUUCACCUGGACGAUCUGACGUACCGUCGGUUGCUGCAGUGGUUAGUUCCUUGGAGUGGCCAAACAUCUCAAAAUACAGAGCUUCUGUAUGCACUCAGGCACCCAGACUGGAAACGAUUGAUAACUUGUUUAAAGAAGUUGGAGACGACGAUCAGGGCCUCAUUAAAGCUUCACUACUCGAAUUCUACAAGUCCAGUAGAGGGAAGAAACCAGAACAAAUUAUCAUUUUCAGGGAUGGAGUAGGUGAGAGCCAGUUUGAUGACGUGCUGAACACUGAGCUAGCUGAUAUCAUUGAGGCAUGCAAAUUUCUUGAUGACAAAUGGUUACCCAAGUUCACGGUGAUAGUUGCACAGAAGAAUCACCACACAAGAUUUUUCCCGCACAAUGACAAUGGGCAUAAUCCUAAUGUCCAGCCUGGCACUGUUGUAGAUGACGGAAUCUGCCAUCCCAGUAACUAUGAUUUCUACAUGUGUGCUCAUUAUGGGAUGAUUGGGACUACAAGGCCAACACACUACCAGGUGCUCCAUGAUGAGAUAGGCUUCUCUCCUGAUGAGCUGCAGGAGCUCGUGCAUUCCCUCUCCUACGUGUAUCAGAGGAGCACCACAGCAAUCUCAGUAGUUGCUCCCAUCUACUACGCACACCUUGCAGCGGCGCAGGUGGCAAAGUUCACCAGGCUGGAUGACAUGUCAGAGACAUCGUCGAGCCAUGCUACCCAGGCUGCACCUGCCCUGGUGCCAGAGCUACCUCGUCUGCAUGACAAAGUAGCGUCAUCGGUGUUCUUCUGCUAA